CUCCUGCACGCCCGGGGCCCCUCGGGAUGCCACUGCAGUGAGCUAUUUAUGGUCUCCGCGGGAGCAAGGUUCCGCCUCUCCGGAGACAUUUUCAUAUACCAUGGAAGACGCCUAUCCUCCUUUUCUUUCUCCUCCUCGCCUGUGCGCCUGUUGAGGAUGCUGUCCGCCUCAGGGGGCUUCCUCCUCCUGCUCUCCCAUUGGCCGCCGGCGCGCCUCUGCCGCGGUGACGUCAGGCCCCGCCGCCCCUGCAGCGCUGAAUGGACCGAGCAGCCUGUCUGAUCCACAACAGCUCGGCUCGGCUCGGCACGGCGCAGGACAUCACCCUGGGAAUAGAGAAAUCACAGGGAUAGAGGUUUUGACCGGACAGCAGAUUUGGAGACAGGCCUCUUUCUUUCUCUCUCCCCUUUCACACCACAAGCCGGGACGGGGGAGUGCGCCCACCGUUUUGCGGGUGUAUGUGCGUGCGUUUGUCUCCCGGUUUGGAUCACGAUGAUGCAAAGUGCGGCGGUCCUGCCAACAGAGAGUCCUGUGAAGAGUUUACCGGAGAUUCUCGGAGUGCCACUGCAACAGAUUCCUCAGUGUGCAGGCUGUAGUCAGCACAUCCUGGACAAGUUCAUCCUGAAGGUGCUGGACAGACACUGGCACUCAAAGUGCCUCAAGUGCGCAGACUGCCAGACUCAGCUGGCGGACAAAUGCUUCUCCCGGGCAGGCACCGUCUACUGCAAGGAGGACUUCUUCAAACGCUUUGGAACAAAAUGUGCAUCAUGCCAACAGGGCAUCCCUCCAACGCAGGUUGUGCGGAAGGCACAAGACUUUGUGUAUCACCUGCAUUGCUUUGCUUGCAUCAUGUGCAGUAGACAGCUGGCCACUGGGGAUGAGUUUUACCUGAUGGAGGAUGGGAGGCUGGUGUGCAAGGUGGAUUAUGAGACAGCCAAACAAAAUGACGAUUCAGAGGCAGGAACCAAGAGACCUAGGACCACCAUCACCGCCAAACAGCUGGAGACCCUCAAAAGUGCCUAUAAGAACUCGCCAAAGCCGGCGCGUCAUGUCAGAGAGCAGCUAUCCUCAGAAACCGGGCUGGACAUGAGAGUAGUGCAGGUUUGGUUCCAGAACCGACGAGCAAAGGAAAAACGUUUGAAGAAAGAUGCGGGUCGUCACCGUUGGACUCAGUUUUACAAAAGUGUCAAACGCAGCCGGGGAGGAGCCAAGGUGGAGAAGGAGAGCUCAGCUGAUGACGCAGGCCUCAGUGACAGUGAACUCAGCUUCAGAGAUGACCAAGUCUUGUCUGAUCUUGGCCACGGCAACGGGCUUUAUGGGAGCGUCGGUGACGUGACUAGCAGCGCAGUGCUGAACGGUGGCUUUUCUGUCGACGCAGCAGGACAACCCUACCACGACAUCCGAGCGGGUAGUCCUUACGGCCUCCCACAUUCACCUUCCUCCAUCGCCUCCCUGCCAGGCCACACACCGCUCCUCAACAACCUGGCCUUCAACAUGGACAGUCUGGUGGCGCAGGGAGGGCCGGGCGGUGUGGGACAGGCUCUGAGAGCCAUGGCGGGAGGGCCCACUUCUGACCUCUCCACAGGCAGCAGUACGGGAUACCCUGACUUCCCCACCAGCCCAGGCUCGUGGUUAGACGAGAUGGACCAUUCCCAGUUUUGAGUCUCCAACCAGAUAGAAAAACACUAAGGGGAUACAUCAAAGCAGACAAACAGAAGAUUUUUCUUUACUUUUUUAAAAAAACAACCUUUCUUUUUAUCACCCUCCAAGACUGAUAUGUUUUGUGUUAUUGGGGUGAAGAGGAGAAGGGAGAGAAGAAGUGUGACUCUCAGUCCUUCAGCAGUUGUAACGGUGAGGCCGAGAUUUGCAGACCAGACAAAAGCAGUGAAGAUCAACUCCACGCUCAAUCUCAGCACUGCAUCAUUCCAAUUUUGUUAUCGCCGGUCUUUCCUUUGUUCACUCACUCUGAAAGUGAAACAACAUUUCAAAUACGUGAGUGGAUCAUGCUCACAGGGGAGAUAAUAUUGUCUCAUCCCUGAAAUAAACCAUGCCAUCCCUGCCGAAUGGCUACAAGAUUAGGGCUUCAAUCUGGCUCAGUCCCUGUGACACCCAGAGAGCACCUGCAUGCUUCUGAUUCAUAUUGAGUAAGACUGCUGUCUGGCCAUAUCGAAGCCUUCACACUGGCAAUGCACUUUACUCUCCUCUUCUUUUUCUACAUGUAUGGACAGGAAUGCAGAGAGGAGAGACAUAUGCACAAGGCAAAAACACAGCGUUUCAUUGGGAGAGAAAUUUAUAAAAGCAGUGGCACAAGUGUGAAUUUUGAAACAUGCUGAUUUUUUUUUUAAUGUAUUGCUGAAGCUUACUAGUAUUUAGGAAAUAGAGGGUCGUUGUUCUGUCCAUCUAUCCCUCCGUCCUUUUAUCAAAGGUAUUAUCCCCCCAGUUUGAAUGUGGGUAAACGCUGCUACCCAGCAGGUCUCUACUCUAACAGGUGCUCGAUUCGUUCUUGUCCGUGUAAAAGCUGCUUGAAAGUGGACAUUUGUCAGUAUUAAAUUAUCUCAGACCAAGUCUCACCAUGAAUCAAAACUUUUGUGUUUAAGGACAGUCAACACAUCUGGAUUUAUUCACUAUUCCCACUCCAGAGGUUUAUGACAAUAAGAAAUCUAUUUAUAAGACAUAAAGUUACCUUUGCAAAUAUGUUGAUCAGUUUAAAUUGUGCAACAUACAUUCGACACAGAAAAUACCAACAUGUAUUAGCAGUAACAGUGAUUAAAAUAAAAAGAAAUCCUUUGUGCUGGUUCUCUUCAGUCAGAUCCAGGCUUCUCUCAGUAAUCUACUCAGUCCAGCAGCUCUGGCUUUGCCUGUUAUCAACCUACAUCCUGACCCCAGAUGUGCUGUCAGCCUGUUCUCCCACUGUCUGGCUUCCAUGUCACAGGGAUUACCAGAGUCUAGCACAUUCAGAGCUGAUACUCGAGGAUAAGAGCUGGCAUGACUGCUGGCUUGAUAUGUUGCUCACAGUUCUGGCACCAUCUUCUGCAUCUUGAAAUAAACCAAAUCGGUCACAACAUGAGAAAGGCUGUUUGUGAUAUUCUCUUUCAGAUUGUAUUUAUAUCCUAAAAAAGUAGUGUCUGUUUUGAUCUUAAGGAGAGAUUUCUUAAACCACAUCACCUGGAUGUGUGCUCCUGUUUCUGCUCUGGAGAGAAAACAGUUCCUGUUAAUGUAGGCACUUUUUUAUUCAAAAGAAAAGAAAAAAGAAAAUGCCAAGACAUUUUCUUUUCCUUUUACCAGACUGCAAAUCUACCAACUGAAUAUGACAUGAAGAAAUAGUGGAUUACAGCCCACAAAUUACAGCAUAUUUAUUUACUCACAUCUAAAUAUAUUGGGUUUAAAACAGGAACAAAAUGAAAAAGACAAAAGAAACAUGUAUUUCUUAGAUUAUGUAUCCAAGAAAAAACGUAUUUUGAAAUACUGCUUGUUAUAAUAUCCAUAUAGUACAAUAAUUUUAUAUCUGAAUGCAAAAAAAUCAAGAGGAAUUAAGUUUACAUUAUUAUUUGCCAAAUUGUUGGUUAAAAUGAAAUACUUCAACUACCAUGAAAAGGGUUUUGGAACAAGUGUAAAUUAUUUCUGUUAUGUCUAAGCUACUGAAAAUUUUCAUACAGUUUAAGUCUGCCUGGUAAUUAUUUAAUUUAUACCAGGUAAAGAACAAGGACUAACUCCAUAUUUCCCCAAAUGCAAAAUUUUCACCAUCUAAUUCUUUGUGUUUUUUUUUUCUUAUACAUGCCAAGAAAUAUCAGUGUUUCACCAGUACCUCACAUUUUUAUUAUCUUGACAGAGUAAUUUGUUGGCUGCAAUCAAAAGUAUUAAGUGAAAAUGAUGUAAAAACACUAACUUUUGUUUUGUCAAGUCUGUGUUGCCUCAGAUGUUUGCAUCUUAUUGUUGUAAAUUUUGUACAGUUUGAAAACGUGUUGAUCGUCUUGUUUCAUGAACGCUAUUUAUUAUUGCCAUGUGUCUUUGAAAAAGAUGUAAAAGAAUUUAUUCAUUUAUGCCUUCUGUGUAAUGGUAUGAACUGUGUACAGUCAAAUCUAUAUGAGGAAAAUAAAGCUGGAUUGUC